AUGGCCGAAUCAGCCGUCCGCAAACAAGUCUACACAACGGAUCACUCUAGUGCCGUUCUUCGAACGCACAGCUGGCGCACUCUAGCCAAUUCCGCGGCAUAUGUUAUCCCACAUCUACGCCCCGGAAUGACCGUUCUCGACGUUGGAUGCGGUCCUGGCUCUCUCACCGUCGACCUCGCGAAACGCGUCGCACCGGAGGGGGGCAAAGUUGUCGGGAUCGACUACGUCGCCGACCCUCUCGACUCGGCACGACAGAAUGCAGUGGACCAAGAAGUCACCAACGUCGAAUUCAAAGUUGGGGAUAUCCAUGCUCUAGAAUUCCCGGACGAGUCGUUUGAUCUGGUGCAUGCCCAUCAGGUGCUGCAGCACAUCGCUGAUCCGGUACAGGGACUGCGCGAGAUGCGUCGUGUGACGAAGCGAGGUGGGAUCGUAGCCUUGCGGGAGUCGGCCGCGAUGUCGUGGUAUCCUGAAUCCGAGGGAAUUUCAGCGUGGUGGAACCUGUUUCAACGUAUGGGCAAGGAGAAAGGUGGGAAUCUAGAACCGGGCAGGUAUGUACACGUGUGGGCGCAGGAGGCCGGCUUCGAGAGGGACAGUAUUACGUGUAGUGCCGGAUCGUGGUGCUUUGCGUCCCGGGAAGAAAGGGAGUAUAUUGGCGGGACUUUUGCGGAGAGGAUGUUGUCAUCUGGGUUCGCAACGGCCGCUGUCGAGGGCGGAUUUGCGACGGAAGAGGAGCUGGCGAAGAUUUCGGCAUCGUGGCGGGCGUUUGUGAACGACGAUAACGGCUGGCUCGGGAUCUUGCAUGGGGAGCUAAUAUGCCGCAAGUGA